AGGCCCCUUCCAGAGGCAACUACAGAAGAGGACGAUAUAGAUUCCAAAGAAGAGCAUCCAGCAGUCUGCCCCCCGAGUACGCUGGAAUUGUGCGGUAACCGUCACAUGAAGAAACGCCUCUCUGCCCCCGAUAUCAGCUUUAACCUGGAGAACAGCGAGGGGUCGGCCGCCUCCAGCAACAUCAAGGAACGAACGACGGACGAGGACUUCGACUUUGAUAUUGAUGAUCUGGAAACCCCAAGUACCAAUGAAAUGCUGGACUUUCCCGAAAUGAGCCACGAAUUUGAAUGGGAAGAUGACCUCCCGAAGGCUAAAGAGAUGGAGAACGCUUCCUACGUUGAGAACCGUGUGGCUGACAUGACAGACAAAGAUGGCCGCAAAUGGAGAAUAUUCCUAAUGGGGGAACACAAGGUGGACAUGACAGCUAUCGAGCCAUAUAAGAAAGUUAUCUCCUACGGAGGGUAUUAUGGCGAGGGCUUAAAUGCAGUCAUCAUUUUUGCAUCCUGCUACUUACCGGAGAGCAAUAUACCAGAUUACCAAUACGUUAUGGACAAUCUCUUCAGGUACAUAAUUGGGACCCUGGAUCUUAUGGUUGUAGAAAACUACAUGCUGAUCUACCUGAACGGGUGCACGCCGCGCAACAAGAUCCCCACCAUGAGCUGGAUUAAGCGCUGUUACCAGGCCACGGGCAGACGGUUGAAGAAAAAUCUGAAAUCUGUCCUGAUUGUGCACGCGACGUGGUAUGUGAAAGCGCUGCUGUCCAUUAUACGCCCAUUUAUCAGCUCGAAGUUUGGGAAAAAGGUGACAUUUGUCAACAGCCUAACUGAUCUGUCGCAGUUUGUUCCGCUCGACCAGCUUCUCAUUCCAGAGUGCAUCCAACAGUUAGACCGUGACUUGAAGAGAUAAAACUGUAACCAAGGAUUCGUUCUGGAUUAACUAACUCUCUCUAUAUAUAUAAAUAUGGUGGAAUUUUACUAUCCGGGGGUUUGCGGAAGUGUGGUGACAACAAGCGAAUAAUGCGUGUAGCGGAUGAAGGAACGUGGACCAGCUGGCAUUCGCUGGGGUACUGUUGAUUUGGGUGCCACAAUAGGCAAUGGGAAUUCUGACGAGCCAACGUGAUUAUACAGAGAAGAAAAACUUCCUAGGACACCAUUGGCCAAAACCAACCGUACUGUAUAUGAGACAAUGGCUAUUAUAACAUUUUCACUGAACAGACGUGCGGUUAUCUAUUAGGCUGUGCUAACCACAACCUGUACAUUCUAUUUGUAGGAACGUUCCUCUUUGCCUAAAGUAUGUGCAGUACUGUUCUCGUUGCUUAGCAUUGAUUAGAUUGCAAUGAGGCCGGUGUCGCUAAUUCUUCCACCUUCCAAAAUAUAAUAUAUUCAGUUAUAUAUUCAAAUUUCCUGCGUACGUCUAACCUUGUCGGUUGUAAUUCGCUUUCUAAUAGGUCAUAUGAUAGACUCACAACUGCCAGUGCAAUGAUUUGUGUGACCAGUAUGAAAGCACGAGGCUGUCUAACUGGGUCACGCUGACUUUGACUAUCCAUAUAACAUACGGUAGGGAGUGUACUAUGCCCUGUAUCAUGCAUCAUGUGUUAUGUGUCUCCAGCUUUGUCCAGUUGGUAUUAUAAGUGAUGGUUUUUACGUUGUUGAGUCAUGUAGAGAAAGGAACCAAAAACUAGGACCGGGAAGGCUGCAAUGCUGUAAUUCUGGGGGAUGGAACUCUGUGGUAACGUGUAUUUGUUUUCUUGGAGUUUCCUUAUUAAAGUGUAUGGUAUGAUAAAUGGUGCUAUACUGUAGCGAUGGUAAUGUACUGUAUAGUUUUAUCACAUGUGUAAACGUGUGUGUUUGUGUGUACAGACGUCAUGUAACAUUGUUAAGACACUGCAACAAAUGUACGUUCACAAUUUCUAUUUAAAUUUUGAUGCUGUUAAUAAAGUAUUUUUAUAUGGUGACACUUUAUUGUGCUGGUCAGCGCUGAUACAGAGAUGACAAUUCACCAGUACUUUGUCUAUAAAUGGGGUGUGAUAUAGAAGAUGUACUGCAUUUGGUGC